AUGAACAAUUCUUUCAGCAUCGAUAUUGCAAAAGACAGGGAUCAGUGGAGAAGGAUAAUAAAAGCGGCCAAGGGCCUUUAUGGUCCUUAUUUAAAGGCCACAAGAAGAAGAAGAAGAUUAUUGGUUCGCAUUAACGAGUUUGUUCAAAAUGAUCCUGCUUAUUGUCCACGAAAUUGUGGUCGGAGCUAUAAAGGAAAAUGGCGUAAAACAAAUCUUAGAAAUCACUUGGUUUAUGAAUGUGGAUUACCAUGCAUGUUUAAAUUAAAAGGUUCAGAGAGAUUAGAUAUGGCAGCAUUAUAUGAUCCAGCUAUAUGUCCAAACCAAUGUGGCCGUCAGUAUAAAGGAAAAAGCCGAAAAUCUAAUUUAAAAGUGCAUCUUAAGUAUGAAUGUGGUGUACCGCGUCAAUUUAGAUGUGAAUACUGUCAUAGGAACUUUGUUCAUAAGGCGCAUUUAAAGGGACAUUUGGGUCUUGUUCAUGGGAUUAUUCAAUAA